AUGCAAUUUUCUUUUUUUCUUCUUCUUCUUCUUCCUUCUGUCUUUCUUUAUUUAUUUCCUCCCUUAUUUAUUUAUUUUUUACAUUUCUGUUUGUUCUUUUUCUCUUUUAACUUUCUCUCUUUCCUUCUCGCUUUUAUUUGUUGUCUAUUUUUUCAUCCUCUUCUUUUUCUUCUAACUUUCUCUUCAUUUCUCCUUUUACUUUCUUUUCACCUCUUUCUCUCGCUUUUAUUUAUUGUCCAUCUUUUCCUCCUCUUCUUUUCUUCUUUUAACGUUCUUUUCUUUUCCCCUUUCACUUUAUUAUCACCUCUUUCAAUCGCUCUUUCUCCUUCUCGCUUUCAUUUAUUGUCCCAUUUAAUAACUCAUCCUUUCUUCUUCGUCUUUAAUUUCUUCUUUUUCUUCUAUUUCUUCUUUUUUUUCCUUUUCCUUUUCUUUCUUUCUAUUUCCUUUUCCCUCUCGCUUUUAUUUAUUCAUUUAAUAACUCAUCCUUUCUUCGUCUUUAAUUUCUUCUUUUUCAUCUAUUUCUUCUUUUUUUUCCUUUUCCUUUUCUUUCUUUCUAUUCUCUUUUCCCUCUCGCUUUUAUUUAUUCAUUUAAUAACUCAUCCUUUCUUCUUCUUCUUUAAUUUUUUUUUAAUUUCUCUCCUUUCACACAUUUCCUCAUGUUUGUUUCAUUUCCUUUUUCUUUAUGAAGUUCAUGAAGUUCAUUUCCCUCAUUUUUUCCUUCCGUUUUUCUUUUUCUUUUUUUAUUCGUUUCUUUUCCCUUCUCCUUUUCUUUAA